AUGUUCCAACGGCUACAUGCAUACGUCCUGAUGUGUAGACUCUGUUUUUUCUUCACGGGAGGGUGGUUCCAGAACUCUGUUAGGCGUCGUCUCGCUGAUCUAAGAAAAGAUCAUCAUAUCCUCCCCACUGGUACGCAACGCACCACAUACCUCACGAAGUCGAACCCCCGAGAAGAGUGCGGCAUUCAACGGCGCUGA